UAUUCGCAAUAAAUGCGAAAGCAAAUGCAAUUGCUAAUAUUUGUGUAAUUCGCUAUAUCUGCGAAAAAGCAAUUACACAAUUGUUUAAUAGUUAAACGCACCGAAGCGGCGUGUUUUUCCGUGUUGCAUUCUUACGUUUUUCUCCUUUGCGCCUGAGCCGUGUGCGUGUGAGUGUUUUUUAUUGUGAGUGCUGCGCUGCCGCCGCCAUUCAAAAUUGAACCGAAAAAAUGGAUUUGGCGAAGCUGGACAAGAUGAAGGUGGUAGACCUGCGAAACGAAUUACAGUCUCGCGGUCUAGAUACCAAAGGUGUAAAAGCGGUGCUGAUCGAAAGAUUGCGGGCACAUGUCGAAGGCGCUGUCGCCGGCAGUGAUGGAGAAGGCGCGCCAGUUACCCCAAGCCGACGUCAGCGUCGAACGCGUUCUAUGUCGCGUUCGCCCUCACCGGUGGCAGCUGCGCCAGUAGCCACCGAGCCCGAAUUGGAAACACUACAAGAAGAAGAUCAAACAACAGCAGACUCUGCAAUAGAAGCAACAGAAGCAGAUGAGUUUGAGGGAGCAGACCAAGAAGACAUGAAGGACGCAGAAGAGGAAGAAGAAGACAAGCCAGCGCAGGAAUCUGAGCAAACAGAUGCAGCUGAGGCUGAAGCAGAGACAGCUCAAGAUGUGCUUAUGUCAGAUGAAAUUGGCGAAAGAGAACAAGCAGUGCCAGAAGAAGAAAACAGUGAAGAGCAAGAGCAAGAAGCAGCAGAGAAAACUUCAGUGGCAAAUGAAGCUGAAACUGAUGAUGCAAACGAUGCCGAUAAAGCUGCAACUCAGUCCAAUGGUAACGAUAACGAGCAAAUGGAGGUGGACGGCGAUGACGCCGUUGCAGCUGCAAAAGAAGCUGAACAGUCAGAAAAGGAGGACAAACCAAAUGAACGACGCAAGCGCUCACACAGUCAGACGCGUUCGCGCACAGGCUCCCGUUCGCCAAAGCGUCGCAGUGGCGACAAGCGCGAUUCGAAAGGAUCAGCUGCUGCUGCUGCUGAGGAGCGGACAGUGCCGGAAGAUGAGCCCAACAUGGAGGAGAAGCAAAUGGGACUCAGCUGGCUUGAUUCGGAUUUGCAUUUGCGCAUUGAUGCCACAAAUUUUACUACAGCAAAACCGCUGACCGCAGAGAUUUACUCCCUUAUUUGGUCCGGUGCACGCGCCAAUUACGGCGUGCGUGAGGGCAAAGUGUGCUUUGAGGUGCGCCUUGCUGAGGAAUCGGUGCCAGAGAAUUCGCAUCAUUUUCGUGAUGAAGCGCAUGUGCGUGGUUUUCGUGUGGGUUUCUCCCUGCCGCCAUCAACAAUGCUGCUGGGCGAAGCGGAACAUUCCUUUGGUUAUUGCGAAAGCGGACGCAAGGCCAACAACAGCGAGUUUACCGAUUAUGGGAAGCCAUAUCAGUUGGAUGAUGUAAUUGGCUGCUAUUUGGAUUUGGAGAGCACGCCUUGCAAUAUCAAGUAUACGCUGAAUGGCGAGGACUUGGGUGUGGCGCAUGAGUUUGACAAGAGCAUUUUGGGCGAGGAGGGUGCACUCUUUCCGCACAUUCUCACCAAGGGCUAUGAGUUUAGUGUCAACUUUGCCGACAGCGAGCAUUUGCUAGUAAAUGCUGAGCGUCCAACACGCAAACGACGCAAGCAGCGCGCCGAAUCCGUGCAUAAGGAUGAUGACAACGAUGGGGAAAAGUGGAAGGUGCUGGAUGAGGCCACCGCAGAUGAUGAUGAGCCUGAAAAGAAGGAAGAAGAGGCUAAACAAGUUGCUAGCAAUGAAGGCGACAAAAUGGAGGAGAACGCCAACCCUAACAAGUCAAAUGAGGAUAACACAGCAGAAGAAGCUGAUGUUCCAGAGCCCAUGGAAACUCAAACGGAGCAAGCUGAGAGUGCCGAGGAAGCAAAGUCCGAGGCAGCUGAGCCUGCUGAGCAAGCAGCUGAAGCAGCCACUGAUUUGGAACCUGCAGCGGUUGCCAAUGGCGAUGGCCAAGCUGAAACUGAAGCUGCAGAGCCUGUGGAAACUGCGACCGUGUCUGAGGCUGAGAAGUCAGAGGCAGCCAAGCCGGAGGAAGCAUCGCAGGAUGCCAACGGCGAAGAAGAUGAUGGUCCAUCGCCCAAUAAGCGCGCCAAAACUGUCUCUGAAUCGACAGAGAAGCGACAGCCGGCUGUGGCCGAGGAAGAAUAUGAGGAUGUGGUCCCUGUUCCACGCGAUGCUGUUGCAUUAUUGGCAGACUAUGUGCUAAUCGCUCUGUUGCCUUUUGAGCAACUCAUUGCUGGCCCACAGCGCGCCGAAUCACGCAAAGAAUGCGAGGUUAUCCUACUGGUGGGUCUGCCUGGUGCCGGCAAGACGCACUGGACGCACAAGCAUGUGUCGGAGACAGCCGACAAGCGUUAUGACAUCAUUGGACCGGACGCUUUUAUAGCCAAGAUGACAAUUGAUGGUGCUUCGCGUAAAACGGUGCACAAGGGCCGUUGGGAUAAGGUCUAUGAAAUCUGCUUGAAUAGUCUGGGCGCUUUGGAAGACAUUGCCAUGAAGCGACGUCGCAAUUUUAUACUUGAUCAGACGAAUGCCUAUGCCUCGGCCCAGCGACGUAAAAUGAAGGGUUUUAGCGACUUCAAGCGUAUUGCGGUUGUUUGCAUACCCGGCGAAGAUGAAUUGAAACGUCGCAUUGCCGAAAAAGAGGAAAAGGGAAAUGCUUUUACAGUUAAAGAAUCAACAAUAAAUAACUUACGAGCCAAUUUUACGCUGCCCUCCCUGGAGUUUGGCUGGUUCGACGACAUUAUCUACACGGAGCUGAACGGGGACGAGGCCAAGGCCGAGGUUAAGAAGUACAAUGAGAAAGGCAAGAAGGCCAUUGAUGCAGACAGGUCGCGUGACAAGCGAUCCCGCGGCGGACGCGAUAACUAUCGACGUGAUGAUAGAAAUCGCAAUCGUCAUUUUGACGAUCGUCGUCGAGAUCAUGGCGGUCAACGCUAUGAUAGUCGCUGGAACGACUCCAGAAGAGGCGGCGCUGGUGGCAGCAACUACUCCAGUGGCGGCGGCGGUGGCGGAGGAGGAGCUGGUGGUGGCAAUCGUAACUACGAUAAUCGUAAUCGCAAUUAUGGGAGCGGUGGUGGAGGCGGCGGCGGCGGCGGCCAACAGAACUGGAUGCAAAACAAUAGGCGUAGCGGGUAUGAUGAUCGUAGCUAUGGUGGUGGCGGUGGCGGUGGCGGCGGCGGUGGAAAUCGCGGCUACGACAAUCGUAAUCGAAACUAUAGCGGAGGCGGCGGCGGCGGCGGUAGUGGCGGUCAGCAAAACUGGAUGCAAAAUAAUCGUCGCAGCGGCUAUGAGGAUCGUGGCUAUGGCGGCGGCGGUGGCGGAAGCUCACGAGAUUAUCGCGAUCGAGAACGCGGCGGUAAUGAUCGCAAUCGAAUGGGUAGCAACGAUCGCAAUCGUGGUAAUAGCCAGAGCAGCUAUCGCUCCGGUGGAGGCAAUCAUCAGCAACAACGGGAUUUUCGGCAUGGCCACCGCGACACCAAAGAAGAUAGUCGCGGUGGCUAUGAGCGCUCAGCUGCCCAAACGCUGCCCAAGUACGGCAAUAUGACAGCCCAUGGCGGCUACGAACAGUACAAGCCGCAGUCUGGUGGCGGCAAUCAGCCUGGCGUUAAGCCUGCGUUAAGUGGCAAAUGGAGCACAUAUGCGCAGCAUCAGCAACAACAGCAGACGCAACAGCCAGGCGUCUGGCAGCAGCAGCAACAACAGCCACAACAAUCAUACCAGCAACAACAACAACAAUCCGCCGGUCAACAACAAUAUUGGAACUAUAAUCAAAUGCAAGGUUAUGGCAACCAGCAGCAACAACAACAACAACAGCAGCAGCAAUCCGCUUGGCAAGGCGCCGACCCGCAACAACAACAGCAAUGGAUGUCCUGGUGGCAGCAACAACAAGGUGCCAGUGGUGGAGCAUCAACGGCCAAUAGUGCCAACAGUGCGAGCGGUGGGAGUGGCGGUGGCGCUGCGGGCAUCGCUGGCAAUAAUGAUGGCGGUGCCACCAAUCAUUAUUGGUCUCAAUAUUCAUACUCCACACAGUCCAAUGCGGGCCUCGACAAAAAAUAAGCGGGGCAGACAGAAUGCAAAGCCGAGAAUCCGCUUUCAUUUUAAAUAGCAAGUGAAAAAUCACACAACAAAUAAGCAAACAAACAGAUGAAACAAAAACCAACUUUAAUUGAUAGAUUUUAAACAUAAUAACACAACAAAAUUGCGCUUAAAUUUAGUUUAAACAGUUUUUAAGUGUCUAAAGAUCCAAGCGAUUAAUAAAUACAACUUAAAAACACAUUUUAUGCAAAAAACAAAUAAGCAGAUCACAACUACAACAAGAAAAACU